AUGGCACCCCCAACAGACCGCAAAGAAAUCCUCAGCCGCCUACGCAGUAACAUCAAAGCCGGAAAGCCCAUCAUCGGCGCCGGAGCGGGCAUCGGACUCUCCGCCAAAUCCGUCGAGAGCGGCGGCGGCGAUCUAAUCGUCAUCUACAACAGCGGCCGCUUCCGCAUGGCAGGAUGCGGCAGUCUAGCAGGCCUAAUGCCCUACAGCAACGCGAACGACGUAGUCGUCGAAAUGGCCUCGGAAGUAAUCCCCAUUGUGCGCUCGACGCCCGUGAUAGCAGGCGUGUGCGGGACAGACCCGUUCCGGCCGAUGGGGGCGUUCCUGGCGCAGCUGCGGGGGCUGGGGUUUGCAGGUGUGCAGAAUUUCCCGACGGUCGGGCUGAUUGAUGGGCAGUUCCGGGCGAAUUUGGAGGAGACGGGGAUGGGGUUUGGGAAGGAGGUGGAGAUGAUUCGGAGAGCGGCGGAGAUGGGGCUUUUGACGACGCCUUAUGUGUUUAAUGUGGAGGAGGCGGUUGCGAUGGCGGAGGCGGGUGCGGAUGUCUUGGUUGCGCAUAUGGGGUUGACGACGUCUGGGUUGAUUGGGGCGAAGACGGGGAAGUCGCUGGAGCAGUGUGUGCAGGAUGUGCAGGCGAUUCGGGAUGCGGCGGUUCAGGUCAAUCCGGAGGUUAUUGUGCUCUGUCAUGGGGGGCCGAUUGCUGCGCCGGCGGAUGCGAGGUUUUUGUUUGAGCGGGUGAAGGGGUUGCAUGGCUUUUAUGGGGCGAGCUCGAUGGAGAGACUGCCUGUUGAGACGGCUAUUACGAACAUUACUGCUGAGUUUAAGGGGUUGAGUAUUCCUCAAUAG